AGUACAGAUGAAUCGUGGAGAGAAGGAAAAGUGACAUGGGAACCGGAAAUUGGAGAGUUACUUUAUAUUGCGCCAAAAGUGCGGUACGUAAGAGAAUUCCACGAUUACUACGCAUCUUUAUCCACAAAAAACAUCACAGAACACCUCCAUUUGAAAGAGUUCAGGCAACGUUAUAUUCAAUUUUUCAAUUCCAUGGCCGGCAGUAACGAAACAUCCGACGAUAUAUAUGAAAAAACUAACAAGAACAGUACUCGGGUCUUGAACGUUAUGAAAUCUGUUUUUAUAUCGGCACACAAUGUACCCUAUGAACAUCCACAUCUGGAACACCCGAUUGAAUUUUUUGGUGAAAAACUAAAGUUUGAUGGGUGGAGGUUACCAAAUGGUGAAAUAUUCGAAGUGCACAAAUAUCAAGAAAAAAGCAAUGCAGCAUAUCAUAAUUUCAUCAAAAUCGCAGAAUAUUUGAAAGAUGACUGGUCAUACAUACAGACGGACGACGGAGCAUAUUGGAUUGAUAUAUCUUUCAGUGAUUACCCAAACGUGUCAUUACUGGACAUAGACAGGGAAAAUUUUCGAUAUUCAACAGUUCAAGUGAAAUCUCACUGCAGUGAACCAUGUUCGCCAGGAUACAUCAAGAAUUAUUUUGGAAAGGAUCGAUGUUGUUGGACUUGUACUCCAUGCCAUGUAUUGGAAAUAACGGACGAAGAACAGACCUCCUGCAUUAAAUGCGAAGUUGAUGAAAUGCCAGAUGAAACCCGAAAUAAAACUCAGUGCGUUUCUAUAUCAACUCGCAUUAAAGAACCAAUCAAAUGGGGGCAGAAUUUGAUGUGCAUGUGUUUUUCUUCAUCAUCCAUUAUACUGACGAUUAUCGUAUCGAUUAUAUUCAUCAAGCAACGAAACACUCCCGUGGUCAAGUCAACAACGAAAGAACUGUGUUAUGUCAUGUUUGCUGGAAUUACGUUGGCCAAUAUCGCCAUUUUCAUCUCAGUCUUGAGCCGGGAAUUCAAAACACCAGCGACGAAAGUCCUGCCAGCGACUGGUUUCACGAUGAUAUACGCCGCUUUAUUGAUGAAAACAAUUCGAGUAGCGCGCAUCUUGCCCAAAUCCGAGAAUUCUUUUCCCAGCAUAAAUCCAAAAUUCGUUUCCAUAACGGCUCAGAUCAUAACAGCCGUCGCGUUAAUCGGACUAGAGUCAUUGAUUUGCUGGCAUGCGGUACGAACCAACGACACGAAUCUGAACACUGAGAAAGAUGCUUUAAAUUACGUAAUGAGAACGUAUUAUUUGAAUGGAUUUUUUCUAAUGAAAAUAUUUGGUUUCGUUGGAGUGCUAAUUUUAUUCUGCAUGUAUUUUGCGGUCAAAACGCGAAAUCUACCAGGAAAUUACAAUGAAACCAAGCACAUUGCGCUUUCAAUGUUCACAACGAUAGUAAUAGCAAUUUUUUUCUGUUUCAUGUACCUCAUCAGUGAGCAUAAAAUAUUGUUGGUAAAUUUAGCCAUUUCGAUCAAUUCGCUGUCAGUUCUGGUGUUCUUGUUCUUACCAAAAUUGAACAUAAUUUUACGAAGACCAGAACGAAACACAAAAGCCUAUUAUGCAGCCAUGGUACCUAAUAUUCGCAAGCAUGUCAGAGAAAAACCUCAUCAGCAGCAGCAAUAAAAUAUUGAAUCAACGUAACAACAGACCUUCCAAACACAAAUCCACACAUCAUGAUGUCUAUUUAUGCAGAAAACUUACCUGCACACCGAUUUCUGCCCAGACUUCGAUAAAAUAGUAGGUACGUAGUUACCUAGUCAUCUUUCAGUACUCACCUGCAACAAAAAUACAUAAAAUCAUUUGUUAACUGAAUAUCAACCAUAAUUAUUAUUCCAAAGUUGUAAUGUAGGUAUGUAUAUUUUUACAUAUUAUGUAUUUUUAUCAUAGAAAUUGUUUGUAAUAGAAAUCACAGAUGUUUUAAUUCACCAUAAACCAGUGCUUCAAUUAGAUAUGUAACUACUCGUAUUUAUUGG